CACCUCAUAAGAAAGCACAUUCAGGCAAUUUUUUAUGCCCAGUUGUGCUUUUGCUUGCUAAGCUUAACUUCUUUUUGUGCUUUCAGAAAGAGUAUGACAGAAUAUGAUCCGCGUCUUGUGGCUCCAACCUGCUUGUACCUGGCAUCAAAAGCAGAAGAAAGCACAGUGCAGGCCAGGCUUCUUGUAUUUUACCUUAAAAAAUUAUAUGCUGAUGAAAAGUAUAGGUAUGAUAGAUAUGAAAUCAAAGAAAUCCUUGAAAUGGAAAUGAAGAUUUUAGAAGCACUCAACUAUUAUUUAGUUGACCUCCUCCUCAUUAUCGAGCAUUGUCUCAGUAAGUAUUUCAUCCUUUAUAUCAUCUACCUUAAGUAUCUUCUGGUGAAAAAUAUCUCUAUGGAGAUACUAGACUUCUAUGAAAACCACAGAAUGAUCACAGAUGAUAGAAUCAUUGCUGCUUUCAGCAAGCUAAAUUUGAAGCAGUAAAUGGUAUGGUAGCUCUUCUUCCUGCAGGAAAAUGGAUUUAGCUUUAUUAUGACCAACAUAGAGUCAUUGAUAUAUCUCAAAAGAAGUCAAUGGUAUUGGUCUUUAUGGUACUACAAAGCCAUCAUCGUGAUCUGUGCAAAGCAAAGAUGGUUAGUUUGCUGCACUUGUCAUUAAAGGGGAGAAAGCUGUAGAGGAGGCAAGAUCUGUAAAAUCACCAUGUUUUAUAAAAAUGCUUAAUGUAGCGUAGUUCACAUAAGAAAGCUAGUUGAUCAAUCAGUCUAGCUGCUUGUAGCAUUUUUAUGUAUGCAAACAUGUACCUGAUUUUCUGUCAAUUGGAUUUAUGUAAUGUAAACGUUAGAAGCAGUUAACUUGAUUUGUA